AAAUUUUUAUAUGCAAUAUUAGUAUCAUAUGAAAAGAUCAUAAAAAAGAAAAAAAAAUUGAUAUAUAUAUUUUUUUAAAAUUGAAUUAAAAAGGAAAAAGAUAAAACAAUUGUCAAAUUGUGAAAUAUUGUCCUUAAAAUUGUUCUCGUGUUUUUGGGGCGGGAUUGCCCUGUCAUCCUAUUUUUUUGACCAACUACGUUUCAAGGUCAAGUGUCUCAUCUUCACAAGUCUCUGCAUCUCAAGUAUCCUCUUUGCCGAUGCUCAUAUUUUCUCCUUUCUCUCAGGCCUUUUGAUUUCAGGGGUGUAUCGAGCAGAAGAAGCACCCCCUCAGACCAUGUCUCACUACUCUCCCUCGGAAACCGUAGCAGUUCAAAACGUCCAGAGAUGUCUCAUUCGUUAAUUUCACUUUCUUCCUAUAUAGCAUUCACGAUUAUAGCUUAUAAGACUGGUGAAUUGAAGGGCAUUUCAAAUUCAUUUUAGCAAUGAGGUUGUUAAUUGACGAGCAUAUCCUAGAGAUCAAAGACUUCUGUGCGAGGUUUUUGAAAGGUUUCCAAGCUUAAAUGGGUCGUCUGUCAAUAGCCAAAUUUUAUCGAGAAUUUUACCAUCUCAAAGUGAUGCAAGUGAGGUCGGUUUAAUAAAUAAAUGGUCUGAAUUGGCUGCAACCAAAGAGGUAAGGAUGGCUGCUUUGGUGAGCUUUAUCGGUUAUUCAUGGAUGAAGAACUCUUAUGUGGAAGAAAACCUCUCCUUGGGACAAUGAUCUGAUAUGAACCCAUCACCCUCAUCUAUUCUACCAUCAUCAACAAUUCAAGGAAACCCCAAAUCCAACCUCCUAAAAAAAUGCAUUGCGCUCUUGCUCUCAUGCGCCUCAUCCACUCACAAGCUCCGGCAAGUUCACGCCUUCUCCAUCCGGCGUGGUAUCCUUCUUUCCUGCCCAAAUAUGGGAAGGUACUUGAUCUUCACUCUCGUUUCCCUCUCAGAACCCAUGUCUUACGCCCAAAAAAUCUUCAAUGAAAUCCAAUACCCAAACAUUUUCACAUGGAACACAAUGAUUAGGGGGUAUGCAGAGAGCGAGGACCCGGGCCCAGCAAUCCAAAUUCAUACCCAGAUGUGUGUGAACUCCAUUGCGCCUGACACACACACUUACCCGUUUCUCCUCAAGGCCAUCGCUAAGCUGAUGGCUGUGAGGGAUGGAGAAAAGAUGCAUUCUAUUGCGAUUAGAAAUGGGUUGGAGUCGUUGGUCUUUGUUCGGAAUGCUUUGGUGCAUUUCUAUGGUUCCUGUGGUCAGGCCGAGAGGGCACACCAACUGUUUGAGACAAUGACCGACAAGUAUCUUGUGGCUUGGAAUUCUGUGAUCAACGGGUAUGCUCUUAAUAGCAGGCCAAAUGAGACUUUAGCUCUUUACAGGAAAAUGGAGUCUGAGGGUGUUCAGCCUGAUGGGUUUACUUUGGUGAGCUUGCUCACUGCUUCCGCUGAACUGGGGGCUUUGGCUUUGGGUAGGAGGGCUCAUGUGUAUAUGGUGAAAAUGGGAUUAUAUAGGAAUUUGCAUGCCGCUAAUGCCCUUCUAGAUCUUUAUUCCAAAUGCGGAAACAUAAGGGAAGCAAAACAGGUCUUUCAUGAGUUAGAGGUGAAGAAUGUUGUUUCCUGGACUUCCUUGAUUGUUGGGUUAGCUGUCAAUGGAUUUGGUAAGACAGCCCUUGAGCUUUUCAAGGAGAUGGAAACGGAAGGGUUUGCUCCAACCGAAAUCACAUUUGUCGGCGUGCUUUACGCUUGUAGCCAUUGCGGAAUGGUAGAUGAGGGAUUCUCCUACUUCGAUAGGAUGCAAAAGGAGUUUCGAAUCAAGCCGAAAAUAGAACAUUUUGGUUGCAUGGUUGACCUAUUGGGAAGAGCUGGUUUGGUUAAGAGAGCGUACGAAUACAUAAAAAACAUGCCUUUGGAACCGAAUGCUGUGAUAUGGAGAACUCUCCUAGGCGCCUCCUCAAUACAAGGGAAUUUUGAACUAGGAGAAGUUGCACGAAACCAACUCAAGCUAUUGGACCCCACACAUUCUGGUGACUAUGUUCUCCUCUCAAAUCUGUACGCGUCAGGUAGAAGGUGGUCGGAUGUUCACAUGGUGAGGGAGACAAUGCUUCAAGAAGGGGUCAAGAAAUUGCCGGGCCACAGUCUGGUUGAGUUAGGUAACCGUGUGUAUGAAUUCGUUAUGGGAGACAUGACACAUCCCCAAACGCAUUCUAUAUAUGCAAAGCUUGCGGAAAUGACCAAAGCCUUGAGGGUGGAAGGGUACGUCCCACACACCUCGAAUGUGCUUGCUGACAUUGAGGAAGAGGAGAAGGAAACUGCACUCUCUUAUCACAGUGAGAAGAUUGCAGUUGCGUUCGCUUUGAUCAGUACGCCACCUGGGGCCCCCAUAAGAAUCAUGAAGAACUUAAGGGUGUGUGCGGAUUGUCAUCUUGCCUUUAAGAUUGUUUCCAAAAUUUACAGACGAGAGAUUGUUGUUAGAGACCGUAGUCGCUUUCAUCACUUUUCAGACGGGACUUGUUCUUGUAGAGAUUAUUGGUAAGCUUUGAUUUGAUCUUCGUUUUUAGAAAGAAUGAUGUAGAGAGCGGCAUUAUUUAAAUGACACAGAAUGUUUUUGUGAUACAUGUGAAAUGGCACACAAAGUCGGAAAUGGUGACAUGUCACUGACAAUGUCACUCUCGUAUCACAAAAUAUAACGAUACAAUAACAUUGUUUGUCUUUAUGACAUCCGAGUAUCAUACUUUUUUGGGAUAAGGGUCAGAUAGGGCCUCG